AGUCCUUACGGAAAAUCUCACAAUGAUAGUGUGAUUCACACUGUGUGAACAACAGAGAAUACUGGUCCCAUUUACUCUUACACAGUACAAAGUAGUACAAACACCCAACAAUAUUACUGCUUCCAAAUUUGACUUGACCCCUACCUCUUAUAUAACAACCAACAGACUACUAUUGGUUCUACCACUACUACAUGUACUUUCUUCUUUUGGCCUAUUGCUUACUUGACUUUUCACUUCCAUUUUCUCUCAAUGGCUUUUCCUUCCUCCUUUCUCUUCUUGUUCCAAGUCAUUCUUUGUAUUUCUCCUGUCUUCUCCACCAAUUCUGAAGGGAAUGCUCUACAUGCUUUAAGAAGCAGACUUUCUGACCCAAAAAAUGUUCUACAGAGUUGGGAUCCUACACUUGUAAAUCCUUGUACCUGGUUCCAUGUUACCUGUGACUCAGAUAGUAAUCAUGUUAUUCGCCUGGAUUUGGGCAAUACUAAUAUUUCUGGAAGUUUAGGACCAGAGCUUGGUGAACUGAAGAAUCUACAGUACUUGGAACUUUAUAGUAACAACAUUGAAGGUAAAAUUCCAAAGGAAUUGGGUAAUCUGGAAAAUCUUGUUAGCAUGGACCUAUAUGGCAACAAAUUUGAAGGCAACAUUCCAAAGUCUUUUGCUAAAUUAAAGUCUCUUAGAUUUUUACGGUUAAAUGACAACAAACUAACUGGUUCGAUUCCAAGGGAACUUACGACCCUCCCCAACCUUAAAGUAUUUGAUGUUUCUCACAACGAUCUUUGUGGAACAAUCCCUGCUGAUGGACCCUUUGGAAGCUUUCCUAUGGAAGGUUUUGCACACAACAGACUCAAUGGACCUGAGCUGAAAGGACUAGUGCCCUACGACUUUGGAUGCAAAGAGGUCCAAGUGUAGUUUGACAUCAACCUUCAGAAGAUUGUUACAACAUAUAUGUAGUUUGACAGUGUUAUUGAAAUUAAACCUCAGGUCGAAUGCACUUCAUGUUAGGACCAGCUAGCAUGUAUAAGGUUCUUUAAAACCAUCACUAAGCUUUCAUCAUAACUUGGCAGCAGAAAAUGUGCUGUCUAACUGAGUUCAUUAAGUAUUAGAUGGGCAAAUCAAAGCUUAAUUAUGUAUACCCUUGUGCCAAUAACAGCAGCAUUAUGCAUAUCAUAAGUGAAUGUGAGGAGGGUGGAGUGUUAUCGGAUUUUACCUCUAUCUUUUGUGAGUUAAA